AUGAUGACAUGGAAGAAUCAGACCUUCAAGUCUGGCUUUAUCUUGCUGGGAAUCUUCGAUCAAAGCCCUACUCAUGCCUUUCUCUUCUCUCUGGUGCUGGGCAUCUUCACAGUGGCCUUCAUGGGAAAUACUGCUAUGGUUGUUCUUAUCUACCUGGACUCACAGCUCCAUACCCCCAUGUACUUCCUCCUCAGCCAACUCUCUCUCAUGGACCUCAUGCUUAUCUGCACCACAGUACCCAAGAUGGCCCUAAACUACUUGUCUGGAAAAAAAUCCAUCUCUGUGGCAGGUUGUGGAACCCAGAUAUUUUUCUAUGUUUCCCUGCUGGGAUCUGAAUGUUUCCUGCUGGCUGUCAUGGCCUAUGACCGCUAUGUCGCUAUAUGCCACCCAUUAAGGUACCCUAUUCUCAUGAGACCAAAAAUUUGUCGUCUCAUGGCUGCUUCGUCCUGGCUUCUAGGUUCAUUUGACGGUAUAAUUGAAGUUGCAGUUGCAUUAUCCUUCUCAUAUUGUGGUGCCCGGGAAAUACCCCAUUUCUUUUGUGAUGUCCCUGCUCUUCUCACUCUUUCAUGCACAAACACCUCAACAUUUGAAAGGAUGAUAUUUAUCUGCUGCAUAAUUAUGCUUCUCUUCCCUGUAGCAGUUAUUGGUGCUUCCUAUACUCGUGUCAUUCUGGCUGUAAUUAGCAUGGGAUCUGGGGAAGGUCGUCGCAAAGCUUUCACUACAUGUUCCUCCCACCUCAUGGUGGUGGGCAUGUACUAUGGAGCAGCCAUGUUCAUAUACAUGCGACCCACUUCUGAUCGUUCACCAACUCAAGACAAGAUGGUGUCAGCCUUCUAUACCAUCCUCACUCCUAUGUUGAAUCCCCUAAUAUAUAGUCUCCGCAACAAAGAAGUAUCCCGAGCAUUCAUGAAGGUAUUAGGGAAGGGCAAGUCUAGAGAGUAA